AUGGAGGAGAUCAGUGGCCAGAGCUCUGAAAAUGAAGCUAAGAAAGGAGAUGAUAAGGAAGCCGAGUUAUCUCAGAGAGUUGAUGUGGAAGAGAACUGGUCGUUGGUAUCACCUAUGAAAGUGGGUAGGCAGGGGCAGCAUUCAUCAAGGAAGGAAGAGGAGUAUCAGAUUUCUGCUUCUAAAUUCUCAGUGUUGAAUUCAGUGGAAGUUGAGGAGGGAGAAAUACAAAGUAAGGAGCAGAACAUUAAUGAAGCUGAGGAUGGAGAAAUACAAAGAGAGGAGCAAAAUAUAAAAGAAGUUGAAGUUAGUGAAAUACAAAAAGAGAAGCAGAACAUCAAUGAAGACUCUGAUGAAGAGGUUGUUGAUAUUGGGGAACAAAAUAUGGAACUGGAGGAAGAUCUACUGGAGGAAGAUAUACUUGAAAAGCAGGAAUCAAAUAAAGGAAAGGUAGCAGCUAAGAAGGGUGGAAGGAAAGGUCAGAAGGCUAGAGCUCAGGAUGCAAAUCCUUUGGGCAAAAGGUCUUCUCGACAUUGGCUUAGCAACAAGGAGAUGAAGUUUGGUUGUAUACUUGAAACAAAGGUAAAAGAGAGGAAGGUGAAUAACAUCAUUAGUUCGUCGUUCAGAGAUUGGUCCCUAAUGACCAAUUAUGAAUGCAGCGAAGGAGGAAGGAUAUGGGUUCUGUGGAGGGAAUCGAUUAUCAUGACUCCAGUUUACAAAACGGACCAGAUGAUUACGUGUUCGGUGGGUUUAAAGGAUGAGGAAGAUGUUUAUUGCACGUUUGUGUACGCAAGUAAUCAGAUGGAGGAAAGGAAGCGGUUAUGGGAAGACUUGACACAUCAUUGUAACUCUCCAUGCUUCAAAAAUAAGCCUUGGCUUAUAAUGGGGGAUUUCAAUGAGAUUUUGGAGGUAGAAGAAAGCUCAAGGUUUGCUGAUUUUGGUAGUAUAUCGUCGGGUAUGAGAGAUUUUCAAAGGGUAGUUCUCCAUUGUCAUCUUACAGACAUGGCUUUUCAGGGUCCUCUCCACACAUGGUGUAAUAAAAGAGAAGAGGGAGUUAUUUGUAAGAAGCUAGACAGAGUGUUAUUAAAUGAUGCUGCUCUUCUUCGUUUUCCAAAUGCUUACUCAGUUUUCGAAUCUGGAGGGUGCUCUGAUCACAUGAGGUGUAAGAUUCAGAUUUGGUCACCUAUGGAGAAGAUUAGGAGGCCGUUUAAAUAUGUAAAUGCUAUUGGAAGUCUUCCAGAGUUUUUACCAAUGGUGAAGAGUUAUUGGGAUACUACUGAGAAGCUUUUUCAUUCCACUUCUGCCUUAUUUCGAUUCUCAAAGAAGCUUAAGAACUUAAAGCCGCUUAUAAGGGAAAUGGGGAAGAGUAAGCUUGGUAAUCAGUCGCGAAGGGCUAAGGAGGCAUAUGAAAUUCUCUGUGUAAAACAGCAACAAACACUUUUGGGACCGAGUAGUUCUACUAUUCAGGAGGAAGUAAGUGCAUAUGAGGAGUGGCUCCAUGUUGCAGGGUUAGAAGAGGACUUUCUUAAACAGAGAGCAAAACUCCAUUGGCUUGAUGUAGGGGAUCAGAACAACAAGACUUUCUACAAUGCUAUCAAGACGCGGCAAGCUCAAAACACUAUUAGAGAAAUCAGAACCCAUGAUGGAUCUAUAGUGACUACGCAAGCAGAGAUCAAAAAUGAGGCGGAGAGAUUUUUUUUCUGA